UCCAUUGUUAAGAUCCAAAUAGAGCUAACCAAUGAAAUUUGCUCUCUCAUCCGCUGUCGAUCUUUUUCCACCAUAUUUUCCUCGUGCUCUGCACCGAGAAGUACUCCAAAUUUUACCAACAAUGGCUGAACCAGAAAGUAAAACACCAGCUGAGGGGGAAGAGGAAGUUGAGGAGGUAGAGUCGGGGGACGAGCAGGCUGACGAUGAUGCCCAGACUGCAAACGCCCUGUCGACCAUGAUGCAGAACCCCCAUGUGCUAGCAGCCAUCCAGGACAAGCUGGGCAGUAUUGUUGGCACCCCAUCAGGCUACAUACAGAGUUUGCCGAAAGUGGUGAAGCGGCGUCUGAAGGCACUAAAGAAACUACAGUUUGAUGUAGUCAAGCUGGAAUCGGAGUUCUACAAGGAAGUACAUUCUCUUGAGUGUAAAUACGCAUCCAAAUAUGUGUCACUAUUUGACAAGAGAAAAGACAUUUUAAAUGGGAUAACAGAGCCCACAGAUGAAGAGAGUGAUUGGCCCAGUGAGGAUGAGAAGGAUGACGAGGAACUGGCUGAGGAUAUGAAGAAUAAGGCCAAGGUUGAAGACGAGAAGAAGGAGGAAGACAAGAAGGAAGAGGAGAGUGAUGCCAAGGGAGUCCCUCACUUUUGGUUAACAGUUUUCAAGAAUGUAGAUAUGUUAUCAGAAAUGGUCCAGGAUCAGGAUGAACCUAUACUACAACACCUUCAAGAUAUAAAAGUCAAAUUCUCUGAAUCAGAACCUAUGGGAUUUACUUUGGAAUUUUACUUUGAAGCAAAUGAGUAUUUCACAGAGACAGUGCUAACAAAGCAGUACACAAUGAGGUUCGAGCCAGAUGCGCAAGACCCACUUGCGUAUGAAGGCCCAGAGAUAAUCAAAUGCCAGGGUUGCAACAUCACCUGGAACAAAGGCAAGAAUGUGACCGUGAAAGUGGUGAAGAAGAAGCAGAAACACAAGGGUAGAGGCACAACUCGCACAGUCACCAAAACUGUACAGAAUGAUUCCUUCUUCAACUUCUUCAACCCGCCAUCAGUACCUGAGGGUGAAGAAGCUGACAUGGAUGAAGACUUGGAGGCCUUAUUAGCGGCAGAUUUUGAAAUUGGACAUUUUAUUCGGGAGAGGAUAGUACCCAGAGCUGUGUUGUAUUUUACUGGGGAAGCUUUAGAAAAUGAUGAGUAUGAGGAAGAGAAUGAGGAAGAGCAUGACGAGGAAGGCGAUUACAAUGAAGAUGACGACCCAGAUUUCAACCCACAGCGCACUGGGAAAAAAAGUGGAAGAAAAUAAGGAAUAUUUAGCUUAUGCUUAUCAUGUAGUUAUUUGGGUGAAGGAGGCAAACCGGCUGAGUGUAAGCAGCAAUAACCAGGUCAUCAUGGACGUUUCUGAAACAACAUUUCUCUGAAGCACAUGUGUCUUCUGCUGGUCCAACAUUUCAGUCAAAUUUACCUCAAAUUCUGUGAAUAUCAAGCUUUUCUAGAACCCUUGUGUGGCUUUUGCAGGUUUCAACUGUUUAUGCCUAGAUGAACUGAGGGUGAUGAUAAAAGCUAAUCCAAUCUGUAAAUGUGAUCCUUAUGGGGAAAGAAUUGUAGGAAUAAAUAUAUGUCUUAAUUUAUCUGAUAUUGAUAAUAUGCAACUAGUAAGUCCUCUCGUGCCAGUAUUCCAAUUUUGUAGGCUUACGACAAAAAUGUGAUGUUCACAAGAUAUAUUUAGGUUGCUUUGACUUGAAAACAUGGGAUCCUAGUCUGGAUGGAAGAGUCCACUUCAGACAGAACAUGCCUGAAUACUGGUUGCCUCACUGAACACCCUUUGUUCAGAAUGGAAUGGACCUUGUGCAUGCUUCGAGUUUCAGUCAGGACAUUCACGGAGGUGCAUUGAAUGUGUGCAUACUAUAUCAUGGACAACAUAUUUUUUGGAAUCUUCCACUGUAAAUGGACUUUUCGAAGGAUUGACUACUUUACUGCUCAUUAAAGGACCAGAGUCAACGUCGGCUGGUUUCCAUGGUUAUGCUGUCGGUUGUGUCGCAGCUUUUGCAUUUAUCUGUUUCUUCUAUCAUUGAUAACACCACUUCUGUUGAACUUCUCUGUUUGGACGUUUCUGAAAUUCUAGUUUAGAAUUCAUGUUAAUUGCUCAGAAGUCCCGAAUCUCUUCUCCUUGUCAAAGUUGAAAUUUUGAUGUACUAGUUACUGUUUGGUGUUAAAUGUUGGCAAAGUGAGAUGAAACUUGUUGGUAAAUGCCCUGUGCCAGGUCCAGUUAGCAAGCAAGCUUGAGCAGCAACUGUUAUAGCUCUGUUGAUGUAUUAGAACUCAACAGUUCGAAAUGCUGCACAGGCUUUCUGGAACCUAGGCCUGUACUUAAAGACUUCAGCAAUUAUUUGUGAAUUCUACACUUCUAAUACAGCUUUUUCAUGUCGCAGUUUUUAAUGUGAAAAUGAAAUAAACGCCUCUUAUUUUCACAAGUAUUUAGUAUUUACUUCAGAGCAUAUUUUUGUAACGAAUGAACACGAUGAAUGCAAGGUAAACGUGCUAAAACUUCAGGAUUGUUUUGAUCUUUCAUUUGAGAUGCUAGCAACCUGAGAAUGAUAUUAUAUUGACAGACUUCUUCAAAUCAUUGAAGGAGGUAUUGUUUAGAGAAGUCAGAAUGUGAUCUGUCAUGAGCUGAUGCAGUUAUAAAUAUCAAUCAAAUGCAGGAGAACGGACAGUGAUAGCUGGUUACUUAGUAGCUUUUGAAUGGCUACGGUGAAAUGGAAAUGUUGGGAGUUUGAAACCCAUAUUGAAUUAUAUUUGACCUUGGUGAAGUGAGAUGAUGUAAAUAAAAUUCUACUGUCACACCAGUAGUCAGUCUACAAAUUCACCCAGCAAGCCUACUAUCCCAAAAAGGUGGUUGGCUGACUCAGAAAAUACCCAGUUUCUGUUAGCCAUUGAACUUGGCUGGGGUUGAGAGCUAACUGAAUCCCUUUUGUGAUCAGAUUGUGCCCUUGAGGAUGUGGAUUUGAAUACACAUUUGAUGCAGAGCUCGGACAUUUUUUGCACAUUUCAUUUUGGAAUUUAAGUACACCCUAAGCUAAACCGACCCUUAAUUGAAAUAUACCAAUUGGCGAUUCCUCUGAGACGGCUUCAAAACAGCUGUUCUAGAUUCUCAAGUCUCGUCAAGCACAAGAUGCGGACCAUUACAUUUUCAACUUUCAAAGAGAUAAACUUUCUAUGCAUGGAAUUAAUGGUGCAGAAUGAAGGAACGAUAUGCUGUGUAUCUUUCAUACGUCAAAGAUGGAUAAGCUGUCACAGGAUCAUGUUAUAAAUUUUCUUUGUAUUUGAUGAUGUUGGUGGAAUUAUUAAUCAUAUUUGUGCAUUAAAUUGUGGGCAUUUUUUCAUGUUGUGUGUUUGUACAGCUUUUGUCUAACUUUAUGAUUUUAUUAUUUAAAUUAUUCACACAGCUCCACACAUUCUGAAACAAGUCUUGAAAUUUAGAAAGUGUUCUGUUUGUGAAUUCAGGUUCAGGAAAUUUAUUUUUCUAUUUACUGGAAGAGGGGAACUAGUGUUCAAUUUUAAUUCUGAUUUGUUAAAGCAUUUUGUUCAUUACAGGGUUUUUUAGGACUUCUUAACACUAAGUACUAGGUAUUAAAUGAAAGUGUUCCAGUGAGGGAAUGGCAUGAUGGGUGACAUUUUAUUUUGAAAACUAUAAAAUCUUUGUUUUGUUGUGUGAUGUUUGUGAGAGCUCAUCUCAUGACUGCUUUGGUUAUAUGUAUGCGUCCCUCUGAUGAAGUCCAGUAUUUAAUGUCUUGUUGAAAACCACAUUUUCUGUGAUAUGAUAAUUGUAAACUCUUUGAAGCAGCAGGCACCAAAACAAUAACAUGACUUCAUUUUGUCAUAUGCAUUCUUUAAUUUGGGCCCCUUCUUUUGAACAAGUCUGGGAUAAAGCUGCUAGCAAAUUAUGCAUGAUUUUUGUAAUCUAUACAAAUCCAUAAUUAUUUGUCGUAAUUUGAUUUUAUGUAGUUUUCAUUCUCAUUCACAUAAAACUAUUUCUGUAUAGUUUAUUUUAGUGUGGAUGUUUUAUAUGAAAAGGGAAAACAAACAAUAUCUUUGAAACUUAAGCUGGUUAAGCCAGGAAAGAUUCGUCAGAACCAGUUUAAGUUUCCACUUCUCUUAUGUUCAGCUUAUCCCAUUGUGACCUGGUAUUCAACUGACUUUUAUUGCCUAAAAGCUGAUAAACUUGUCUAACUGUA